AAGUUCAUGGCGGGCUGAUUGUACGAUUCCUCUUAAACGAUGUCGAGUUCUCGAGAUGAAGGUAUAUUUCGUUUGGCAUAAAAAUCAACCCAGUUUGAUGCCCUAAGGAAACGAUUUUCAAAAUGGCGCCUAUUACAGGCGGGUUUUUCGAUAUUCAUGCACAAAUCUUUUUAUCUUUGAAGUAACCCUGAUUUGCAUUCAAAAGAUAUUUGGCUAACUAGGACCUACAGUUCUGUCCAAACUUGUGUCAUAGUACCGCUAUGCAAGUUGAAACAGAUGAUUUCAUUCUUUCCCUUACUUCUGCUAAUUCAGAAACUGAUGAACAAACAGAAGUAAUAACAACUGAAGUUUCAGACUUACCUCCUGAUUUGGUGAACACUGAUGUGUCAGAUUUGGCCAACAACCCCUCUUUGUGGCUCGGAUUAGAAGGAGCGUUGGAAUCCAAUGAUGCAGUGUCUCAUAUGCCCAAUGUUUCUAGCAUUGUAGACGACCAUGGCCAAGGCAGUGGCACAGUGGUGCAUUUAGGAAGUGAUCACCAUAGUUUGAAUAUGAAUGAUCUAGGUCAUUCAGAAGAAGUGGAAACGAUGUCCAUUGAAGCCAUGGAUGUUGAUGUGCAAAAUCUGGAGGUGAACAGAAGUCAAAGUGUACAAUCAAUUCCAAUGGAAAGUUUCAUGGAUCAAAGUGACAUUGGAUUCAAUAUUAUGACAAAUACGUGCGAUGAUAAGAGUAAAUCAUCUAUCCCUCCCAUGUCCGUUUCGCUGCCGGUUACCGAACCAGUAGCAAGAAAUGUAUUCCCGUUAAACCAAAUCAAAAAAACAAUUACAGCUUCAACAUCAACCCAGGUUACCAAAGUAGUGCUUGCUCCCACAAGCCAAAAUCAAUCUGGGCACCCAUUGCUACUUACAGUGCCAGCUUCAACAAGUGGAUUAACAUCCCUUCUAACACCAAAUUCAAAUUUGCGCUUUGUAAAUGCAUUAAACACAGAUGGAAGUAAGAUUUCGAGUACCGGGCCACAAGCUACAGGAAUUCAGUCACAAUCUGUUCGACUUAUGAGCCCGACAAAAACCAUUACGCUACAGCAAGCUCAACAACUUGGUCUUAUUUCGCCCAAGAAAGGACAGCCUUUAAUUGUUAAUAAGGUUGCCGUUGCCGCGGGAGGCCAAACUACUCCCGCAAACAACAUUUUGGCCGGGAAACAAGGAGCAAAAUUCGCAGGAGGGAAUGUGACGUUGGUAAGGAGUGGGCCGACAAAGACCCCCACGAAGAUUGCCCCAGCUCCACCACAUUCUGCUGCAUCGACUGUCUCAUCUACGUCUUCCAUACAAAGCCAACCAACGAGCUUACUCAUAAAGAACGCUGCGGGUCAAGUUACGAUGGCGGCACUCGUUCAGGCUCGACCAGGUGGCGGGAAUGUCACGAAUAUGAAUCCGUUAAGCCCCCAAAAAUUUGUGCUAAGACCUUCUACACCAGGCUCGGUUACUUCAGCCCAAGUCCGACAAAGUGGUGGGACACAACCAGCACAAUACAUACGGCUAACAACGGCUCAAGCAUUGGCUGCUGGAAUUCUUCCAGCAAUGGGUACGCAAGGAGAACAAAGUGGACCUCAGCAGCAUUUCCAGCUAGCUGGAAAUAAGAUACAAUUAGUUCGCGUCGUCAAUCCAACUGGUGGAAAUAAUGGAACGGGAAACUUAAUCACGGCAUCAGGAACCUCAAAAGUUAUAAUAGGCACACCCACAGCAAACUCUAUUAAAAUCCAAUCGUCAAACAGCACAGUGACCCAGCAAUCAGUCAAAGGCACUCUCCCAUCCGUAACAAAGACGCUUGGCCAAGCAAAGGGUACAAUCUCAACAGUUAGUGUACCGCAGGGAGCUCAACGUAUAAUACUGCCAGCUGGAUCAAUGAAUUCACUGACAAGCAACCUUGUGAUGGUUCCAGCUCAGUAUUCUUCACAAAAUUCAAUGGGGACAAAUAGUUCACCAGCAACAACGAACUUCUCAGCUGCUACGACCAGUGCUGCUACUGUCGUGUCUGAAUCGAUUACAUCACCAAUAGUUACUAGUGCCAACGUGACUCCUCGUUUGUCCCAGCAACCAAAAGCAGCUCCUCCGCCUUCUCCUGAGUCAACCCAAACAUCUGCAACCGCAUCUCAGGCGAAAGCUCAAAGCGUAUUAGAAUCGAAUGGACUGAAACCGCGCAAGCCAUGCAAUUGUACUAAAUCGCAGUGCCUCAAGCUCUAUUGUGAUUGUUUCGCGAAUGGGGAAUUUUGUCACGGCUGUAAUUGCGUUUGCUGUGCCAAUAAUUUGGAACACGAAGAAUUGCGUCUAAGGGCCAUAAGAUCCUGCCUAGAUCGUAAUCCACACGCAUUCAAACCCAAAAUUGGCGUAGGCUGGGGUCCAGAACCUAGGCGCCACAACAAAGGAUGUCAUUGCAAACGCUCAGGUUGUUUGAAAAACUAUUGCGAGUGUUAUGAGGCUAAAAUAGCAUGCUCUGCUAUUUGUAAAUGCAUCGGAUGUAAAAACUGUGUUGAUCCCGCCGGUUCACCUCCCGGACCUGGAGAAAAAAGAACGUCGAAAACGGCAGUGCUUCAACACAACCCUGGCAACUCGAACGAUAACCGAACACUGAGCAAUACACCGCAAAAUAGCAAACACGAUGACCGAACAGCUGAUACUCCUAAGGGCUUUUCAAUACCAUCGGCGUCAGGGUCAAGCAGGCCACCAUUUAGUUUCAUCACCCAAGAAGUUGUGGAAGCUACUUGUCAGUGCCUUCUUGCUCAAGCCGAGGAGGCUGAAAGGCUGCGUAAAACCUCGGCCGAAACAGAAGGUCUGGUUCUUGAAGAAUUCGGUCGGUGUUUACUUCAAAUAAUAGAAUAUGCAUCCAAAGCCAAAGUUUCUGCCAGCCCUUAAGGACACGCCGCCAUGCUUAGUAAUAAAAUUGAGUCGGGGUUUAUUUGUUGAUAGGAAUCUGCGCAUGUCAUAGAUAUAUUAACCUACUGUGUUUAUUUGUUUUGCAACCUUUCCUUUUGUUCAUCUUGAGUGUUUUUAGAUGUAAAAAUAUGGCUUCAAAGGGAGAUGAUUUAGGAUUUUUUGACGUGGUUCAAAUAUACCAUAACCUAAGGAUUGCGGAGAUGAAUUUAGUUAAAUGGAUCCCUAAAAUUCUUCUUUGAAUGGAUAGUGGAAAAUCGUUGUACACUUACUUCAAAAUCCUUUUUUUUUGUUGACGUGGGGAAGUUGCGUGUGUUGACGCUGUGCAUUUUCGUAUGAGUGAUAAAUAGUAUAGCUUAUUGAAUAACCCGCUAGCUGAUAUGCGUUUUCCUUUUAAGUGAACUAUGAAAAUCCAACAAUCUAUAUUAAAUAUUUUGUAACGGUUUGUUAUUUGCUGGACUUUUUUUACAUUUGGUUUUUAAAAUACAAAACGGCGUUGGGUUGCGAA